GAAUCAUUCUUGAGAAUACCAGUCUGAGAGAAAACAAUGAUUAUGGAGUAUGGUAUUUUCCCCUUCAGUUUCGAUCCUACAUGUCGCUUCUACAACACACUGCUUGACCAGCAAAGCCGGCUGUGCAACCACAUCAAGAAACUCCAAAAGAUAUUACAGAGACUCAAUAAGCUGAACAGAUGUUCUCUCAUUGCACAUCUAACGGGAAAUUCUUUAAGUGCAGCAGGGGCAAUUAUGGCCAUAGUAGGGCUGUCUUUGAGCCCUGCAACUCUAGGAGCCUCCCUCUUGGCUUCUGGGGUGGGUUUAGGAGUGGCGGCUGCAGGGGGGGCUGUUUCCAUGACUUCAGACCUUUCUUUAGUGCUCUGUAACUCCAAGGAGGUGAAAAGAGUAAAAAAGAUUGCAGUGGCUUGUCACAGUCAGAUGAAGGAAACAAUGAAUUGCUUGGAGUUCCUGCGCCGCAGUUGGAAUCCCACCGACCCUUUCUUAUUGCAGACUGAAAAAAAUGUGUCUAUUGCUCUUUAUAAUUCUGCCUGCUUCCUGGUGUUCUGCGGUCCUCAGGGCUUUCUGGUGCCUGAGCACACAGAAGAGGUGACAAAAGUGAGCCAUAUCCUCCUUAAGGCAAAAAUCCAGAAACUGGCCAAAAACAUAGAAGUCUGUGAAAGACAUAUGGAUGAAAUCUGCAAGCUUUUAGAAAGUAGGAAAGCCUGUUCCUGGAGGAUAAAAGGAUCAGUAUGUUGACAUGGAAUCAAUGGUCAGAAGGACUCUGCAGUAACACCAAGUCUUCUUGAAAAAAUGAAACCUGGGCAUAAAACUGCUUAAUACUGGUACUGUAAUUUAAAAUUAGGAUUUUAUGUACCCUGGAAUUCUUCUACACAUUUCCUAUGAUUUGCAAUUAUCUGCACCCUUCUAUUUUGUUUUGUUUUUUUGCUAAUCAACGUAACAUGCAGAAUUCAUGGUUGUAUCAGUUGUAGUCUAUACUUUCAGCACAUUUCAAGGGAAGUUGUUUGUCACAAAGCACCAUAUUUGGGUUUUCUAGGUAGGAAAAGUUUUCCAAAUGUCUGACUGAAAUGAUAGCACUGUAAGCUGAAGUUGCCUUAACACAUGAAAUUUCAAUUAAUGUUUAACAAUAGUAGGAAAAAAUAGGCAGGAAUAAUUUUCAAAGUUCUGCCAGUAAUUGUAUUUGAAUGCUCAAGGGGUCAUGAUGGAAUAUGCCAGCAUAGACAAAAAUAUUUGGCAAGUCUAAAACCUGUUGAACUGUGAGAAUCAGAUAGAUAAAUGAAGCCUAAAUAUUUUUGAACUGUUCCUUAUGAUGUUCUCAUAGCAGAUGGAAAUUUUCCCUACAAGUAGGGUUAGAACUGAAUUAUUUCUUUACUUUCAUUUCUAGACUUUACAAUCUUUGUCUCAUUUCUCAUAGCUAUCUUUCAUAUACUCUUUUCACACACAUGCCAGAAUAUCAUGUAGUUUUAUAUUUAUUUAUAUGGGCCAAUAUUAAUGAACUCUUUGUUUAAAAGAAUAAGAACAUUGUCAACACAAGAUAAAAUAUCUUCACUGUGUCAGAGACAACAUCUUUAAAUUGCUUGAAGUCAUUCUCUUUGCCAAUAUUUUCAUUCAAAAGAUAUAAUAAAGAAGCUAGAUAAAAAUUAGAUUGCAAACCAAGUUUUUUUUUUCAAAAUUCUGUUAAAAUUUCAUUUGAAGCAUUAUUUUUAAGAGAUCAUCUCCAUAUGCAUUUAUAUUCAGAAACAUUUUACUAGAAUGUGCAAAAAUAAUUUUUUAAGAAAAGCCUUUGCAGAUUGAAUCUUUUGAUAAAAACUGUUUUAUAUUCAUUAACUUCACUGUAAAAAUUAGAUGCUCCAAUUCACUUAAUUGAUUAAUCAUCAGUUUUGUAGCUUGAAAAUAUUGUUGAAUAGAAGGCUAGAAAAAAAAACUGAAUCAAAGAUGGAGGAAAACUUUCCUCAAAGACUUUUUCACAAUGGUAAAGCCAAUGAGCCAAGCAUUUCUUUUUCCCCCCCAAUUUCUUUCACAAAGGAAAAGGCAUGCUGGGAUCAAAAGAUAACAGAAGAGUUGAGUUGCUGCUUUGUAACUGGAUACUGUAAUGAAAACUUUCCAUGAUUUUAUUGUUUGAAAUUCAUUUAACAUGAAAGAACCUGUAAGAUUCAGCUGUCUACAUGGAAAAACUAAUAAUUACUUGGGACUGAUUUGUGCAUGUUAGAGAACUUCUUCACACAUCUAUAUAUACUUAUGCAAAUAAUUUCAUACUAAUAGAGCUCCCAGAUCUGGACACCAGAUAGAGUCAUCUGAAGAUUUGCAGCCCAAAUGUGGUAGUAAUACAACCCCUCCCCCCAUAUCCCUGCAAAUGGAUGACAGUUCUGUAAAUUUUGUCAUGUGCAACUGGAAAUUAUUGCCUGUGAUGUGAUAAAUUUGGAAGCAGACUCCCUAAAAGAGAAAGGAUGAGGGGAAAAAAAGGCAAAGAUGACCAUACAUGUCUGUCGGAAGAAUGAGAAAAUGUUUUGAGGUAUACAUGUAAGCUUAAUUCUAAUCCACAUUUUCGUAUGGGGGAGCAUUCAGUCAUAUGUGCCCAAAGACACAGCUUGGGCUUAUUGGUAGUGAGAACUAAGCCAUCAAGCUGUCAAACCAGAGAUGAUAUGAUGUUUCCCAUUUCUUUCUGUAUUAGUAAGGAGUAUCUUGUGAGAUCUCAAGUUCCAUAAGUGAUGGCAAUGAAGGAAUUUAAAUGCAUGAGAGCCAAGAUAUGUGAGUGUGUAAGGUAUAUUUUGUGGAGACAUUAUUGCAAAUCUGACAUAUUCUUUGCCUGACUGUGGGAAAGCAAAAUGCAUCCAUUAUGAUCUCUGAGUUAUUUCAGUAAUUUAUAAAAUCAAGAAACCUACAGAAUCCCAAUGCAGUAUAAAAAUCAGAACAAAUAUGAAAUAAUUUUGUUAUUUGUUAUUUGUAUUAUUUCUCCCCAAUUCUUAAAAUUCUACUUCAGAAAUAGCAACUCUCUAAACAUCUUAAUGAAUUCAGGAUAUUUGGAAAAAUAAUUAUGAUAACUGGCGUUAUUUUCUUCAUCUUCAAAUAUACAAAUUCAGCAGAAAUUAUCAGUGGGGUAAAUAAAGUUCCAUGAUCAUAAUAUGAUCCUAGUUUUUUUUUAAUCAAAGCUUCCUUCCGCUCUUCUACACAUCUUGUUCUGAGAACACUUAUUAUAAAGUUAAAACCAAGCGUGACCUUUUGUCCAAAUGCUUCAUAUUAUGAUUUAUUCAAAUAAUAAUUAACCAAGUGAGAUCCCAAACAAUGGUCUAUCUGAAAUUUAUGCAGGUAAUACUUUGCCACAUACUAAGCAGACGCUUCUGAUACUAAUAUAGUAUUGUAGCUGAAAUUCAGAUUAGAAACACUGACCUGUGAGCUCAUGGAUCUGAGUUGCAAAAAUCAGCAUGGCUACUAGAUAAAAGCAGAAAGCAUUAGCUUUCUGCACUUUGCUGCUGUCUAGAUUCUUGAAAUCCAGAUCUCAUAGCCAUAGGAUUUCCAGAUGACUAUUAACCAAGCAGCUUUUUUCACAUUUUUAAACAAAAUGCUGCAUUGGUCAGCUCAUUUAAUUUUCAGCAGCCACACGUUAUGUUAGUGACAUAUACUUUGAGGGAGGGAGAUGGUUGUGA